UUGAAACAUUAGGUGGGAGGGGUAAAAACCACUGAUCACCAGAUGUUGUCGUUUCUAUCUUGAUUUUGCGUUUUAAUUAUUGAUCUGAAUGGACAUAUGAUGUUCUCACCAUCUUUCUGACAACUGUGAGUAAGGAUUCAAAGGAUAAAAGAAUCAUAUUCCCAAAGGUCAGCUAACAUGGCGGCUGUGUGGCAGCAGAUUUUGGCGCAGGACGCACGUUAUAACGCCUACAGGCUACCGGGCAGUCCACAGUUCCGUACCCAGUACAUCCGUCGCAGAAGUCAGCUGCUGAGAGAAAAUGCCAAAAUUGAACAUGACCCAAUAAUCAGAAAGCAAUAUCUAAAGGUCCGAGGACAGAUAUUGGGUCAGCGAUAUGGGACGUCUCUAUCUGAACAGGGCAGCCAACGGAGUCGCAGUGCCAGCAAAUGCAGCAGCCGACUCACUCUAGACAGAGAGGAAGGGGACUUUCGCGGCCACCGGCGCUACCACAGCUCUGGGUCGGGCAAGUUCUCACUCCCGUCUCCCACAGAGGACGGACUGGUACCGACACGGGCCGCGGAGGCCAGCAGAGCCAUGGUUGGUGACAAGACUCUGGAUGAAAACUACGCCUUUGCAGGGAUGCAUCAUAUUUUUGAUCAACACUCAGAAGCAGUUAUGGCGGUGAAGUUUGCCAACGAUGACAAAGCUCGUCUGGCCUGUUGCUCGCUGGACGGCACCCUGUCUGUGUGUCAGGUCAUCCCAGAACCUGCCACGGUCCUGUGUGUACUCAAAGGGCACACGUCAGGUGUUACAGAUUUUUCCUGGUCGCUGUCCAAUGACGUGAUAGUGUCAUGUUCGCUGGACGGUACAGUGCGGCUGUGGCAGGUGCCAACGGGAACAUGUCUGCGUGUAGUCGGGGACUGUGACGGGGCUGAGAUCAUGUCCUGCGCUUUUCAGCCUGUCAACAACAACAUGAUCGUUACUGGGAACAAGAAAGGUUUUGUCCAUGUUUUAAACUUCUCCACUGGGAAAUACGUGAAAGGAGGCAGCAGUAAGGCAUCAGGGUCCAUCCUCACUAUCACAUUUGACUCAGGAGGGAAGACACUCUGGAUAGGAGAUGAAAAUGGCUGUGUCUACUCCUUUGCGUUUGACGUUGGGACGGGGAAGUUGUCCCGUGCCCAGCGGCUGGUCGUGUGUGAGGGGCACCCCAUCACCUGUAUAUCUGCUCGCUCCUGGAUGAGUCGUGAAGCACGCGAUCCCUCGCUGCUCAUCAACUGUGGAGCAAACGCCCUCUGUCUGUACAGGGUGUCGGGGGUAGAAGGCAGUCUGCAGCUGAAGAGAAAGUUUCCCAUCAAACAGAGAAACCUGCGGAUCCGCAGCGGCUUCUGUCCUCUCAUGUCCUUCAGACAAGGGGCAUGUGUUGUCAGUGGAAGUGAGGACAUGUGUGUGUACUUCUUUGACGUGGAGAGAACCAACAAACCAGUGGUGAAUAAACUCCAGGGCCACUCUGCUCCGGUUAUAGAUGUCAGCUUCAACUAUGAUGAGAGUCUGCUAGCCUCUGCAGAUUCUGAGGGUAUGGUGAUAGUUUGGAAGAGAGAACAGAGGUCCUAGCAGUGGCUAUAUUCAUCACAGAAUGCAUAUUCAUCUUGAUAUGCAUCUCAAUUUAUUAUCCAAAGUCAUCCUGAUAUAUAUAAUCUAUGUGUUAGACAUGUACUUAGU